AUGUCGGCCGACUAUGUCUCUCAGGGUGGCGCGUACGGGGCCGUGUACGGCACUCUCGCCGUGUUUCUCUGCAUCUCGCUCGCCAUCGGCUACCGCUUCCUCCGCAGCGCUACACAGGACGCCGAUCAGUACCUCACGGCGCGCAACUCGCAGGGAAUCGUCUCGCUCUCGCUCUCCUUCUUCGCUUCGGGCGCAGGCGCGUGGGUGCUCUUCACCGUGCCCGAGGCGAGCAUCAUCGGCGGGCCGGUCGCCCUCGCCGGCUACACCCUCUCGACCCUCGUCCCCAUCGCCAUCUUUGGCUGGAUCGGCCCGAUCAUGCGCAAGCACCUGCCGUUUGGCUGCACCUUCUCCGACUACGUGCAGCUGCGGUACGGCUCGCUGGUGAACGUGUACUGCACGCUCGUCUCGCUCCUCUACCUCUGCCUCUACCUCACCGCCGAGUUCUCCGCCAUUGGCGACGCCGUCCUCGCCCUCUGCGACCCGGCGGACGUGUACGACGCGGCCGCCGCGGGCGGCGUCACCGACAAGGGUCACCGCCUAAAGUUGGGCCUCGUCCUCGGCGUCUCGCUCUGCACGCUGCUGUACACGGCGAUCGCCGGCCUCCCCGUCUCCCUCGUCACCGACAAGGUGCAGGGGGUCGGCAUCUUCCUCUUCACUUUCCUCGUGUGCAUCGCCGCCUUCACGGCAGACAGCGGUGCGGAUGGGCGGAGCGACCGCUGGGAGGAGGUGACCACAACCGGGACGGGCGACCCGGCCGCCACGGGCGCGGGCGGCUCCACCUACGGCAACUCCUUCAAGAUGGCCUUCAUCCUCAUCUCCGCCGUCACGUGCGCCAACAUGAUGCACUCUGGCUUCCAGCAGCGCGUGUGGGCGGCCGAGGACCAGGCCAAGCUGCGCAAGGGCGCGAUCGGCGGGAUCCUGCUCACGAUCCCGCUGAUGGUCCUGUACGGCGUGGUCGGCAUGGUCUCGUACCGCGAGUACGGCCCCUUCCUCUUCCCCCAGUUCCCCUCCUUCGCCGGCUUCUACGCGCUCAACGAGCUCAACGUCGGCUGGCAGGUGUGCGCCGUCAUCCUGACCACGAUGAUGGUCGCAUCGUCCGCCGACACCAUCCAGACGGGCGUGGCGGCCAUCUUCAAGCCCUUUACGACGUACGUCCUCGUCCGCGACUGGAAGGCCCUCCCCUCGGAAGCCGAGGCGCCGCGCACCAUCGUGGCACUCAACUUUGUGCUCGCCGCCGUCGUCGUCAACGUGCCAGCCAUCGUCAUCUCGACGCACCGCGGCGACGCGCUCCGCACCCGCCCUCGGUCGGGCUGCGACGCCCACCUCUCCGUCCUCUCGCUCUUCGUCCUCGCCGACCUCGUCUGCGCGACCUGCGUCGUCCCCGUCCUGAUGGGCCUGAACGACCGCAUCCACCCGUCUGCCGCGGCGGCGGGCUGCCUCGCGGGCGCCGGCACCGCCCUCCUCAUCUACGGCCUCGCCGUCGACGGCGAGCCGGACGACUUCAAGACGCUGAUCCCCGACAUUGCGGGCGUGUCGGGCCUCUACGCGGACACGCUAGUCACCCUCGCCGCCAACAUCCCGUGGUUCCGCUCCGGCUACCGCUUCGAGGGGUACCCGCCCGUGGCCGCGGAGUCGCCGCGCGCGGGCGACGUCACCACCGCGUGA